AAAAUGAGUAGCUCAGCCAACUUGAUCUGUUUAUGCGCAAUUUUUAGUGUAUCUGUAUUGUCAGUUACUCAAAUUGAUUCCGGCAAAAUUUAUUAUGAAACACAUGAUGACGCAGAUUAUUUGAGUGAAGAGAUCUCGGAGGAACUUAGAAGUGAUUUAGGAGAUUUGACUCAAGAAUCUGGAAUGCCUAAAUAUUGUUCAACUCCAAACCACGAACAUGCAGAUUGCAUACCAAUAAAAAAGUGUGACAAACUCUUAAAGCAAGUCAAAAACAAAGAGGCAUCUGCAUUUUUACUCGCAUCUCGUUGUGGACCACCCAACAAGGACAUCUAUAACCCGAAUGUGUGUUGUGGGAAAUAUGAUAACUUUAGAAAUAUAAAUGACCGCAUAAAGAUUCAAAACACUCAACAUUUAGUUAAACGCGUCAAACUUUUUCCGAAAUCUUGUGGCCGGCAGAAGGUGGCUUUCGAGAGAAGGAUAUACGGUGGCACUGAAGCAUCCUUAGGCGAAUAUCCUUGGAUGGCUCGACUCAUAUACCAAGACGGGUUUGGCGUUCAAGCAGAUGGAUGCUCUGGUUUUUUAGUACAUUCCAAAUUCGUCAUAACAGCAGCACAUUGUACGCAUCCUUAUCAUACUAAAAUAAAAGGACCAGUGAAAUUAGUUAUAUUGGGAGAUCACAACACCACAGCAGAAAAAGACUGCACUUUUAGCGGGAAGUCCUGUGCUGAACCUACCCAAAAGAGAGAUGUUAUCAAAGUGGUGACCCAUCCAGAGUAUCGUCCCGUCAGUGAUACGCAUUACAACGACAUCGCUAUUAUUCGUAUAAAGAGGGCUCAUCGGUCUGAUUUCGUUCAGCCCAUUUGCCUGCUAAGAGAAGAGACUCAAAUUCCAAUUAAGUAUUACUUGAGUGGAUGGGGCAGGACUGAGCAUGGAUCAAGGAGUGAAGUAAAAAUGAAUGUAGAGAUUGCCCCAUUCGACAGAGAAGAAUGCAAAAAGAAAUUCUCUUCGAAAAAAAUUGCCAUUAUAGAUACUCAGAUAUGUGCCGGCGGAGAGAGACAAAAGGACAGUUGCGCCGGAGAUUCAGGAGGUCCCCUGAUGAUGGUCAACGAUAACGAAACUUGGUUCGCCCCGGGCGUCGUGAGUUUCGGGUUUAGGUGCGGGGUAAAGGGAUGGCCGGGGGUGUACACAAAUAUAGUGAAGUUCAUGCCCUGGAUCAAGACUCAGAUGGCAAGAAAUAUGAAGAAAAACGAAUAAGAAAACCGCACAAGAAGACAAAUACAGUGCAGAAAGUAA